ACUGCUUCUAGUAGUAGGCCACGCUUUGUAGAGUGUGUUUAGUGGUCGUAGUUGGCGUCGAUUGACGCGAUCAAAACACAAGUGUUUUGAUUUUUCGGAAACCAAAUCGUGCAUUUGUUUCGUACUUGUACAAACAUCUUCAAUGUUCAAGUGCUAGUGACUUUUGUGUUCUUGUGCAAGUGGGCUCUUGUCUGUUUAGUUUUUUUGUACACGUUCUGGAUCUAGUUUAAGGAUAUCAACUCCAUUUCCCCCAGGAAGUGCCCGACAAGGAUGACCACUCCGUUGGAUGCUCAUGUCGGAGAAGUCAGGAGUCCAGCAACCUUCCGAUGAGGCAAACAUCGUUCAUUUAAAUUGCACCGUUAAGAAAGUGAAUCAAAAUGUAUGUGACGCAACUUGGACCGAUUGUUUUUGUCUUUUUCUGGUGCUUUUGCUUGUCUUAUGCCUUGUCUGAAGACUCGUGGAAAUGUCUCAAUUACACAAAGACAUUUCCCAAAACGCAUGUUUAUUACUUGGCCCAACACACUAACAUAAUCAUUCAAACCUCCGAACGCACCCUCCAUAAACUGAGCACUGAGAUCCUCAAGAUCUACCUGGAGGAGGUUUCCGGUUUCGCAAAAGUUGAAAUCCUCGUCGACGACGACAACUUUGAGGUGGAGAACGCCGUGAAGAAGCUCUCCUCACGCUACCUCAACGUCACCGAAUUGUUUCCUCCAGCUAUGAUCGACUUGGAGGUGUGGAUACCGCCGGGUUACGACCUCCUCAAUUCCGAAGACACCCACUUGGUGAAAGACCUGGGGGAUGUGGGUCCUUUGGGGCGCUUUGGGUGGUUCAUCCCCGGGCAACUUGAUGGGCCAGUUGCUCGGUAUUACGGUAAAUCGGACACCAAGUUUCGGGAGGUGCAUUGGUCCUUCCUCAGGGAUGAAAAAACCGUUAGCCUUCUUGAUAUAAACGACCAAAUGUCUGUAAUUUACAGUAAUGCGAAAAUGAACGAUACGACAUUCGUUUGUUCGGAGAAGUUUUGCAAAAAGGGGGUUUACACACCGAAGCAUUGCGAGAACACCCGAUGCGCCCUCCUCCUCACCUCCAAACCCUCCACGACGAAGUUCCUCAUCGACCACAUCAACGAACUCAAAUUGUACGUCCGAGUGGUGUGGUUGGGGAAAAACCUGAAACGUACAGUGGAGACUUUGACCAAAUUGUAUGCAGGUACCCCAAGGAGUAUCCUCAUCAUGUACUACACCCCCAGUGAUGUGAUUUUGAGGGAGAAGAAAUUUAUCAGUGUGAUUUUCCCCCAGUGUGAUUAUUUGAACUUGAACCGUUCCCUGGGGUGCAAAUACGAGCUCCAGAGGAUUGUGAAAAUGUCCUGGAACAAAGUCGAGGAGUUGGGGUUGUUGCGUCCAGUCCGCGAUUUUAAAUUCAGUGAGCAGGAUUACGACGACCUUUUGACCCUCUACGAGGGGGCUAAAAACCAGUCGAAUCUCCGACAAAUCGCCUGCGAGUGGCUCAAAAACCACGAAUCGUGGAUUAUCGACCACGGGAAAAUCGACAUCUACAUUGGGGGCAUUUUCCCCCUCAACGAGUCCACCUACAAUGGCAGGGGGAUCGUCCAUGGGGCCAAACUAGCCCAAGACAUCAUCAACGCAGAUCCGGGGAUUUUACCCAACUACAACCUGAAACUUCUAGUGGAGAACGGCAGAUGUCGCCCUGAUAGUGUGACGAAAAUUUUCAUCCAAUACGUCACAGAGUACCACUAUAACAGGCUGUUGGGGGUGCUGGGGCCCGCGUGCUCCGACACUGUGGAGCCCGUCACACACGUCUCCAAACAUUACCGCACUUUGGUGGUCUCCUACAGUGCCGAGGGGACGAGUUUCUCCGAUCGGAACAAAUAUCCGUAUUUUUUUCGCACGAUUGGGGAGAAUAAAGACUACCAAUAUGUUUAUUUGCAUUUGUUCAAAAAGUUGGGCUGGAAGAGGGUCGCCGCGUUGACGGAAGAUGGGCAAAAGUACACGGAGUAUAUUUCGCACAUGCAGGAGACUCUGGGGGAGAACGAUAUCGCCUUUAUUGCCAAUACCAAGUUCCCGAGGGACAGGGACCCCUACCAAAUGGCUAGAUAUUUAGAAGAUUUGAAACACAAAAACGCCCGCAUCAUAAUCCUGGACGUGAUCGACCCCAUUGCCCGAACCGUAAUGUGCGAAGCGUACCAAAUGAAGAUGACCUCAACUGACGGCUACGUUUGGUUCCUUCCAACUUGGCUCAACGAGACUUGGUACGACACCGACUACUUCAACCGCUUCAAAAGCGAAUCGGUGAAUUGCACCACCAGCGAGAUGAUCCAAGCCGCCACUGGGUACUUCUCGAUGGCGCACUCCUUCUACGAGCCAAAUGACACCCAAGUCCAGGGGAACCUCACCGUGGCCCAAUGGAUGGCCCUCUACGGAACCAAGGUCCCUUUAUCGAACUACGCGGGCUACGCCUACGACGCCAUGUGGACCUAUGCCCUUGCUUUGGACAACCUCGCCAAGGAGUACCCCGCGGCGGUCUCCGACUUGCAUUCGGAAACAACAGCAAAUAAAUUGGUACAACUGAUUCAGGAGACUGACUUUAUGGGGGUUUCCGGGCGUAUUAAGUUCCGUGGGGGCCCUUCUCGCUUCUCCCCCAUCAAUUUAAUGGAAUGGUAUGGGAACAAGUCGCACAUUGUGGGUCACUUCAACCCCAAUGUCUCCGACGACAAACCGGAGAUUCUUGGAGGUGUCCUCGACCUUAAAACUGAAGCUUUACGUUGGUUCACCCCCAAUAAGCAACGUCCGGAUGAUGGCACUUUGGUGCCCCCAAAAUGCGCCCUCCAAAGCCUCGCCAACGCCUUGAAUGUCAACUGCGAAAUGGCCAUCGUCAUCCUCAAUAUUAUCCUAAUCUGUGUCCUCCUCCUGGGGGUCUUCGCCGCGGUGUUUUUCAUGAAACGGCGCUACGAAAAGAAGGUGAAAUACACGGAACAGUACAUGAGACACUUCGGGAUCGAUUUGAGACUAAAUCCGUCGCAAAUCACCGAUUUGGACAAGUGGGAGAUUCCCCGGAAUUCGGUUGUGAUCAACCGGAAGUUGGGCGAGGGGGCUUUCGGGACGGUCUACGGGGGCGAGGCCAACUUCCCGGAUAAAGGCUGGGUGGCGGUGGCUGUGAAAACGCUCAAAAUCGGCUCAAGUACCGAGGAGAAGCUCGAUUUCUUGUCCGAAGCCGAGGUGAUGAAACGUUUCGACCACAAAAACAUCAUCAAACUCCUGGGGGUGUGCACCAAAGAGGAGCCCAUUUACACCAUCAUGGAGUUUAUGCUUUAUGGCGAUUUGAAGACGUUUCUCCUCGCGAGGAGACAUCUAGUCAACGAUAAGAGCAUCGAAGAGUCCGAUGAAAUCUCGAGUAAGAAGUUGACAAUGAUGGCCUUGGAUGUGGCCAGAGGGUUGAGUUAUUUAGCACAGUUGAAGUAUGUGCAUCGAGAUGUCGCUUCGCGCAAUUGUCUGAUUAAUGCUCAAAGGAUUGUCAAGUUGGCCGAUUUUGGGAUGACUAGGCCGAUGUUUGAGAAUGAUUAUUACAAGUUUACGAGGAAGGGGAUGUUGCCGGUGAGGUGGAUGUCGCCGGAGAGUCUCGCAUUGGGGGUGUUUACCCCCUCGAGUGACGUGUGGAGUUAUGGAGUGCUCCUGUAUGAGAUUAUCACGUUUGGGAGUUUCCCCUAUCAGGGGAUGACCAACAGUGAGGUGUUGGACUAUGUCAAGAAUGGACACACUGUUACGAUUCCCCAAGGAGUUAAGACGCAACUGAGAGGCCUGCUGAAAUCCUGCUGGCACCAGGACCCCAAGAUGCGCACUCGUGCGUCGGAAAUCGUCGAGUUCCUCGCCAACAACCCCCGCCUGAUCCACCCCUGUCUCGAGGUGCCCCUCGCCUCGGUCCAGCUCGAAGACACCAACCAGCUGGAAAUCAACCUCCCUGACCAGUUCCGCAAAUGCUCCAGCAGCGACAUCAAGGUCUCUCCGACGAUCCCCAAUGGGGUGGCCCCCCCUGUGCCGUACCUCGACACGGCCACGGACAACUGCUGCCCCCGGGAGCCCCUCCUCGGCACCUCCAAGUCCAAUUCGAGCCUCCUCAACUUCGGCAAAUACGUCGCCAUACACCACGACGACAACAGGAGGAACAACGAAGACAAUGGGGACUAUUUGGCGCACACUGCGGCGCCCCCUAACGGCUACGUCGUCUCCAAUGUUUAAUGGAAAUGUCAAUGAAGAGGCUGUGGUUAUUUUUUGACGACUCAAUACGUAAUUUUUUGGGGGAAGCACCGUUUUUUUUGCAUUUCCACGAUACAGUUGUUGGUUCUAGUCAUUUGACGAUAUGUCGCUUAAUCGAAAUCAUUCGUCCAAUAGUAUUAACAUGUAUUAAUUUUGUUCUUUGAGCCUGUGACAGGUCCAUGACUACACUACGAGUUCCUUAUCGCAAAAGACUUUGAGUUUUUUGGGGGGAAGACUCCCAAGACAGGCGGUUUUUAUAUUUAAAACGAUUUAAUUAAGAUUUUUUUUUCAAUUUGUGUCGCACUGUUGUAUAUUGAAUACCAAACGAUUAUAUCAAAUAUUUAUUUUUAAGGAAUGUGAAUGGGUGAAUGACGCGUGUUUAAAACAAUUACAUUUUGUACCUGACGUUUCGUUUUAAGUAAUAUUUACUUUAAGAUUAUUAAUAAACACUUUCAAUAAUGC